GGUUGUUCUUGGCUGUGUUGUCUUCAUAGUAAGAGCAACUCUGCGUCGUCUGCUGCGUCGUUAAAUGACGGUAACUCACAAGUGAGACAAAAAAUUAACUUUUGCUGCAAGGAGUGUAAUCCACAUCUUGAUUUACCCUGACAUACAACUACUCUAAACAGAUCGCACCGCCAUCAAGAUGAACAUCGGCUACUUGAUGAGGCCGCAAGGGAUUCUGAAAAUGCUGGAGAUAGUUUUUGUCAUCGUCGCCUUCGGCGUUUUCCGAGGUGGUAAAGUGGGUCUCCUGAAUCUUGAUGUCGCUUACUUUACUUGUGGAGUUUUGGUUACGGCUCUGAUCAUCACGCCCUUGCUGCUUGUUUGUUACAUCAUGGGAGCAACAGAUAUCCAGAAAACUAUUCUGGAAAUUCCCUUGAACUUCCUGCUAUUCGUGUUAAUGCUGACGGCAGGAUCUGUGACUUUGAAGGCAGGAUCUGAGAUUGUGGCGGGAGGAUCUGCGACUGUGAAUGUGAAUGUAGAAGGUACGUUUAAAGGCUUCUUUGAUAAUGUCCUCGAGGACAUAAGGGUACCCCCCAUUGACAUACCAAAAGAGGUAUCCUCCUAUAGCAGACCAGAUGACAUGGCGAUGGGAAGUUUCUGCAUUUUGGCUUCCGUCGCUUACUUCGGUGAUUUUGUCCUCUCGUUGUUGUAUUUCAAGAAUAAAUAAACCUGACAUCAUCAAGUCUUCUUUGUACAAAAGAGAAAGGCAAAUACCAGGUCUUCCCUUGUAUGAGGAGCUCGUAGAACAGAUGGACCCCUUCGGAAGAGUCAGCAUCACCCCAGAUCGUCACCCUCAAUAGAAAGCAGGCGAGCGAAAACGCGUAGUAUACUCCUUCAGUCAGUCUUAAAUAUAAAAAUCCCACUGAGCCAAUUUCUUUAACUUAUCGAGGUAUGCUGUGGGUUAAUAAAGGUCAAAGAACAAUGUUUAUAUAAUCUUAGAUUUGUGCUGACAAUAUUUUUGCUAUACGUUUUUCAGAAAUGAAUAAUGAUGGGGAAAAACAUUUUUUUAAAGUUAACCUUUAUGGUAUUGUGGUAUGCAUUUCCAAUCAAUGUUAAGUACUAAUUUCGUUCUAGAAAAGUGUUAGAUAAAUGGAAAUAAAGAGGUAACUCGAAAGGUAAUCAUGACUUUUCUUUUAGUUCAGACUUUAGAAGUAAGUUUUCCUAUUGGUGCUUUUCAUGUUAGUGAAAAAGUUUCAUAAAAUUGGUAUAUUAAUUUGUUUGUCGUAUAAAAAUUCCCUAAUAAAAUGACAUGUCUU